UCAACCCCCGGAAGUACACCCCACGUACACAACAAAGAUGGAGGGCGACAUUUCGGACUCGAACCGACCUCAAAUGUACUUAUUCGGUUGCACCCUCAGAGCGGACAAACGGGAGUACAAAGUUGACGUGGACGAGGACGAGACGGAGCAGCAGCUGUCUCUUAAAGCAGCGUGCUUGGGAGCCGAGGCCGAGGACAAGUUCCACAUGGUGGAAGUGGAGGCCCUGACUUAUGACGGAAAGACCACCAAAGUGCCGCUGGUUGUGCUGAAGCCAUCCGUCCUUCCCUCUGUGAGUAAACAAGCAAUGAAGUCAUACUUGAAGUGGUCUGAAGAAAAUAUCAUCCGUCUCUCAUGUCCCCAGAUGACUUUAGGUGGCUUUGAGAUCACGCCGCCAGUGACCUUACGUCUCCUGUCAGGGUCAGGACCGGUGCACAUCAGCGGGCAACAUUUUGUCAGUGUGAAAGAUUCAGACGAUGAAGAAGAAGAACACAACUCCUCCCCAGUCAAGCGUCCUGCUGGCCUGAUGGCGGGGAAAAAGCUUCCACUGAAGAAGCUGAAGAUGGACGACGAAGAGGAUGAUGAUGAUGAUGAUGAGGAUGACGAAGAGGAUGACAGUGAUGAAAGUGAAGUGACGCCCCAGAAGAGUGCCAAGAAGGUAAGCCAGGGCCCCACAACACCCAAGAAGGUGCAGAUGAAGCAAAAUGGCCCUGCGGCAAAAGCGCCGAUGAAGACACCUGUUCCAGGAAAAGACAAACCCCAGGCCGGGCCGUCUAAAUCUCCGUCUUUGGCCGAGAUAAAGAGCAAGUUGUCAGCGGCAGCCAAAGAGGGGAAACCACUGCCCAAGACCGAGCAGAAGUUUGAGAACUUUGUCAAGAGCUCCUUCAAGAUUUUGGACAAAAACGUGGUCAAGGACCUGUGGGCGUUUGUCAAAACUCUGAAGAUGGAGAAGAAGUAGACCAGCGCUCGCUCCAAUCGCCCCCCUUGCAUCCUGCCAGGUGAUUUAAAGGCACAGUCGGCGACAUUUCCUACUUAGCGUUUUUCACACCUGUAGCGAGGCGACAGCAUGGCCAGUUCAGACCUGAAGAGCCACCUGCUGCACACACCUGCGGAUGUCACUUUUUUUUACCAUGUUCAGGUGCUGUAAGAUAUUUAAAUUGGGUGUGUGCGACUUCCUGCAUUCUGUCCAAUCACACGCCCCUAUUCAGAGUCAAUGAUGCAAUAGGAAACAUUGCAGAAUGUGCCUUUAAAUGUCCCAGUUCUAACAUAAAUAUCUUUUCUUACCUGACAUUUUCAUACAUGCUUUUUAGUUAGUUGUUUGUUAACAAAUUAGCACCAUGGUUUGCAACAAGUAGAGAUUCUUACAUGCCUUUACAACUUUUUUAUGUUAGAUAUUCUUCCAGGAACACACCUGCCCCUUCUGAAACGCUCCACUCUGCUGUACUUUCCAGACUAUAGAGCGCACCGGUAUAUACACUGCAAAAAGUCAGUGUUCAAAAACAAGAGAAAAAAAAUUACAAAAAUUUCGGGUAUUUUAUUUGAAUUAAGCAAAAUUAUCUGCCAAUAGAACAAGAAAAUUCGGCUUGUCAAGACUUUCCAAAACAAGUAAAAUUAGCUAACCUCAACGAACCCAAAAAUACCUUAAAGGGGAACAUUAUCACAAUUUCAGAAUGGUUAAAACCAUUAAAAAUCAGUUCCCAGCGGCUUAUUAUAUUUUUCGAAGUUUUUUUCAAAAUUUUACCCAUCACGCAAUAUCCCUAAAAAAAAGCUUCAAAGUGCCUGAUUUUAACCACCCGUCCAUUUUCCUGUGACGUCACACAGUGAAGCCAACACAAACAAACAUGGCGGAAAGAACAGCAAGCUAUAGCGACAUUAGCUCGGAUUCAGACUCGGAUUUCAGCGGCUUAAGCGAUUCAACAGAUUACGCAUGUAUUGAAACGGAUGGUUGUAGUGUGGAGGCAGGUAGCGAAAACCAAAUUGAAGAAGAAACUGAAGCUAUUGAGCCAUAUCGGUUUGAACCGUAUGCAAGCGAAAACGACGAAAACGACACGACAGCCAGCGACACGGGAGAAAGCGAGGACGAAUUCGGCGAUCGCCUUCUAACCAACGAUUGGUAUGUGUUUGUUUGGCAUUAAAGGAAACUAACGACUAUGAACUAGGUUUACAGCAUAUGAAAUACAUUUGGCAACUUUGAGAGUGCAGACAGCCCAAUUUUCAUCAAUUAAUAUAUUCUGUAGACAUACCCUCAUCCGCGCUCUUUUCCUGAAAGCUGAUCUGUCCAGUUUUGGAGUUGAUGUCAGCAGGCCAGGGAAGCUAGGGUCGAUAUUCUUCUCUUGAUCAUCUUCGGUGGCAUAAGGGACGGUGUGAGCCAAGACAUCCAGGGGCUUUAGCUCGCUCGUCUGCGGGAACUAGAGAUGCGCGGAUAGGCAAUUAUUUCAUCCGCAACCGCAUCAGAAAGUCGUCAACCAUCCGCCAUCCACCCGAUGUAACAUUUGAUCAGAACCGCACCCGCCCGUUGUUAUAUAUCUAAUAUAGACGAUGCAAGGCAUUAGUGAGGUUAUAAAGCUUUUGCCUGUUAAAGAAAGGAGACUGAUCCAAUGCAGUACAGACAUUCGCGUGCCACGCUGUCACGGCUCAGACGCACACCAGUGCGCAAUCAUAUGGGAGCCGCGCUGAGCGCACCUCCAAGCGCGUCUCGCUGCCGGCGACGGCCGGGUAUGGGCCCGACGCUCCAGCGCCAUCCAUUUUCAGGGCUAGUUGAUUCGGCAGGUGGGU